AUGGAUAAAAAUUUACAUUUCCCAGUGAAGAACUACUAUCAUCCAGGAUCAAGUGUCACAGUCGACUAAAAUGUGUCUAUGAUAGAUAGAGGAGUAGACCCUAAGCCUAUGGUGCUAGAGUUCUGCAAGCCACUAUGCAUUUACUGGAAAGAAAAGCUAGAAAGAUGUGAAACUAAAUUAGCUACCAUCAUUAAAAUUAAUCCCACUAAAACAUGCCUUUAUCCAAUGAGAGAUUAUGUUACCUGCGUCGAAGCAUGCGCUCAACCAAAGAUUCACAAUAACUUAGUCGGAACUGAAAGAAAGUAUUAGCAGCUACUGUGA